GGUGAGCUUAGCCGUGCGGUCGGAACAGCUUUCCCGGUUUGAUAGCUCUCCCCGCGGAAUCAGCUAAACACGCGAAACCGUUCGCAUCAAGGUCGUUGCCAAGUUUUCCGUCGGUAAAUAAUGGACGGUUAUAUUUUUGCACUGAUGGGCAUGAGGGAUUUUGCUUGACUGGUGUUUGUGGUUUAUAAAGUUGGGUCAGACACAUGGUUCUCGGGGGAUUGAGGGUGCGUGGGACAAAAGAGUGGGUUUAUUAAGUUCAAGGACAAGGAUACUGCCGCCAACACUAGAUGGAGCGUCAGCCAAAUGAGACAGGUGAUGGAAGUGAAUGAUUGACAGUCCCAAGUGACUGGAAGACUGAAAUCCCUCGGAAGCAAAAAAACCAUAAAACUGGAACAUCAAAGAUGGCGGUUAACGCGAUGGGGAAGUGGCUGUUGCCGUAUCUCGGUGUCGUUCUUCUCGUUCUAGUUACUCCCAGUCCAGCGGCAAUCCGCAAAGCGGAACGAGAUCACUGCAACAAAACGGUGGACAUUUACGAGGAUGUGUCUAGUCCAGCAGUGACACCGGAUACCUGGGGCAAGCCAUUGACCUGCUGGUACCGAUUCAGGGCAUUCCGUGGUACACCGAGGGACUGGAUAUUGCGAGUGAGAUUCAAGAAAUUCAAAGUCGGUGUCUUGGCAAACGCAACGACGUGUCUGGGUGGUUUUCUUCAGAUAAUCGACGGAAACACAAAGACCUCAGUGAGCAAUCGCAAAGACCCGGGGAUAUUUUGCGGUGAGUCGGAGCAGCCCCAGACCUUCAUCUCCGAGACGAGUUUCGUCCGCGUAUUAUUCCACGCUGACAAUUUCACUGACCAAACCUACUUCAGCUUUGACUCACGUGCAGAACAACAGUUCGAAGUUUACUUGCGUUACGGCCAACAUCCCGAGCUCUAUCCAAAUCGUCGUGGUGAGGUGGUGCCAGGCAGUUACUGCGAGCGUGAUUUCAAGGACUGUCGUCUCCAGACAUGUUACGUCCAGAGUCCAGCUUAUCCCGGCAUAUACCCGCGCGCACUCCACUGUAAAUACCGUCUAAACACAAGACAGCCCUUCAUAAAAUUAUACAUCGAGAACGAGGAAUUUAAUAUCGACGGCCAGCGCUGCGAGAACAUCAUGACAUGCCCAAUGAGACCAAUAAGUUCCGGUUCACAACACUGUCCCUACGACUACAUACGAGUUUACGACGGCAAAGAUGAAACAUCACCCGUAAUUGGUACAUUCUGCGGUAUGGGAAAAUUUCCAUACAGCAUCAUCGGUACAAGCGCUGAUCUGUACGUUGAAUUUGUCUCAUCACCAGCUGGACCACUCCUAAACACUGGCUUUCACUUCAACGUUGGCAAUUGGCCAGCUCACGUUGAAACAGCUGGUGUUAAAAAUGGCUCAUGCGAUUGGCUCCUAAACAGCGAGUCCCUAGUGGCUAAUGAUGAAGGUAUAUUUCUGUCAGUGGCCCACUGGUAUCCACCCCACACAAGUUGUACGUAUCUACUCAAAGGACGACCCGGCGAAAUAGCACGUCUCUAUUUUCCAAGUUUCCGUGUUAAUCGCAUUGAAUCACCAAUCUUGCCUUACGACGGCGAUUGCGGUGAGAGUCUCACCCUGUACGACGCCAACUGGCCAGAUGAUGCCAGAAUAAUAAAGACAUUCUGCGAUACAUUCAGCAAGCCAAUGGAGAAACACGACUUUGUAUCAACUUCCAACGCAAUGUUCGUGAGAUUUGAGAGUAAAACUGGCAGUUACUCGGGCAGUUCACUCUACUAUUGGGCGCAUUACGAUUUCUUCAAUGCCACGAGGUUCGGCGAACCUGUGCCAAACACCGAGUGCGAUGAGACUUUCACGUCGUGGAAGACGCAGUCGGGUAAAAUGAGAUCACCGUUGAACACAUUAUUGUAUAAACGCCCUGGCGAUCCACCGAACGAUCUUGUCUGCACGUACACAUUCAUCACGGACAAGAGACUGUUCGCUCGCAUUAUUUUAACCGUUGAAUCAGUCACCUUCAAGGACAAUCCGUACAGCCAGUGCGGACACUGUUGGGACAGUCGUGCUGAUCGCAUUAUUGUGCGUGAACCGUCGCCGGAAUCCGGCAAGGGUCACUGUCUCUGCAGAUUGUCACCACCUCUGGCGCCGCUCAAGAUCGUCUCACGUGGCGACAGACUCGAGCUCAAGCUUUUGGUCGACGGUGGUCAUGCUGCAAGCAGUUAUUUCAAACAAUCGGCCGCUCUGUUCAGGGCACGCUACGAGUUUGUACACAGUCCGCUGUGUGGACCAGCUUUACUACCACCCGCCACCGAUGGAGAAAUUGAAUUUCCGAAUUAUGAGGCGCUUGGCUAUGUGACACCACCCCGAUCCAUCAAGUGCAUCUGGGAGUUGCGAGUUAAUGCGGAGAAGGAUUUGUGGCUGCAUUUUGAUAAAAUUAAAUUUGCAUCGAGAUCCUGUGAGGAUGGAAAAUUGGAGAUAUUUCUCGGGGGUGUGGUGGAGCCCUAUUUGGCCAUUUGCGGUGAAAAUGUGAGCUAUGUCAGGGAGAUGCCAAUAUUUUCAGCGAUUCAGCUUGGUCAGCCGAAAGUUGCCGAUGGCGAACCACCACCAGUUGUUAUUUUAUUCACUGGCUCAAUGGCACCAGCCCGAGUUGCCUUUAAGAUUGCAUGGACAGAAUUAUUUAGAUUACCGCGCGAUGGUUCCGGGCAAUUGAAAACCCAGAAACUUGAGGGAUGUGGAUUUCAGUGCCCGGGUAACACGGGAUGUAUACCGGAGCAUUUAGUGUGCAAUGGAGUUGUUAAUUGUCCAACGGUAAAUUUAGCUGUGGGCACGUACAAUGUCAGUCUGAUGGAGCCAGACGACGAGUCGAUUGAGACAUGCGGGGGACCUGUAGCUGGGGGGAGUGGUGGAAUGGGUGGUCCAGCUGGGUGGGCGGGAGCUGGACUUGGUGCUGGUCUAGCUAUUAUGCUUGGUCUUGCUUGUCUUGUUGCUGUUUGUAGGGUGUGCAGGCGGAGGAGCAGAUCCAGGGAUAUUCAUGUUCCGUACUAAAGGGGUGAGGCGGGCGUUACGGUUGGUGGGUGCUGAGGGUCGACGGGACGUGCUGAAUUUUUUUGCUUUCAAAGGGAUUUUCGGGAUGAUUGGGGUAUCGUGAUUAUAAAUUAUUUAUCAAAAAAUGCUCGUAAUUUUCAAAAACUGCAAUUUUUCAAAAUAUUUCGUCAAUCUUCC